CAAAUUAUGCUUUUUUCCAACAGUCCAGUCUUCCCGAAAAAGAUUUUCGCUAUUUUUGUAGAUCCGCCUUGUAGUUUUUCUUGUUGACUUGUUAAUUAAACCCAAUACGAUCCCAAAGUGCUGUUAAGCAAACCUUGUAAAGUUACAACUGUGAUCUAAAUGUGUUUGUGCUUCCUGUGACUUAAAAUGCUACAUCCUUGGCAUGAUUUUUGGGGGGCUGUUGCGGGACAUUUAUUGGGAAAAUAAAGACUAUCACAUAGAAUCGCAGUUUGGAAAAGCCGCAGCUGUUCCAUUGUGACAGGUGCAGCGGCACACACACACAAUUACAUAUACCUGCAUUUUCCUAUUCUACCCGUCCAAUAACAAAAACAACAAUGGCUGGCACGACGACCGCGACGCCAAUGGAAAUUGACGAAUUCAUAAAUGGAGCACUCGUUUCUUGGCUGGAAUCAUGUCUGCCACGUGCCGAACUGCUCGCGGGAUACACUUCCCUGCUAGAUGGCCACAUAAUUCACAGUGUCUGGUUGCAGAUUGAUCCGGAACCCCAAAAUAAUCCUAGCGAGCUUAACGAUCUAAACGGGAAAUCCCUCAGCAUUGCCAGGGCAAAAAACUUUGAGUGCAUCGUAAGGAAUCUUAAGUCCCUCUUUGAGGAAGAACUAGGUCAGACAAUAUUAGUUUUACCUGAUGCCUUCACCCUGGGUCAUCAUCCGGAAAGCAGAAAUGGCCUGGAUCAGAUGAAAACCUUGCUGACCCUGCUUCUCGGAGCAGCUGUACAAUGCCCAAACAAGGAGCUGUUUAUAGCACGAAUCAAGGAACUCGAUCUGGAGACACAACACGCUAUUGUGGCACUGAUCAAACAGGUCACCGACAGUCAUAGUUUGGUGCUUACGGAAGAUUCUUUAGAGCGGCUGACCCCGCAGAGUAUGUACACGCACAUCCUGCGCCUCACCAAGGAAAGGGACCUCAUGUAUCUGAAGUGGAUCGACUUAGCGUGCGUGGAGACCGAAAUGACAGUCAGUGACAAUCUGGUCGAGUGUGGCCCAGGGGUCAGCGUUCCACGUUCUCCUUCGAAUGGAACUGCCACCUCAACGCCUUCAUCAUCUUCUAACUCUGAGAGCAAUCACCUUGCUGUGGAGUGCGCGGAUCUUCGUUCAAAAAACCGAAAAUUGCGUCAAGAACUCGAGGAAAAGUCCGAGAAUCUUUUAGAACUACGUGAGGAGCUAGAUGACAAAAAGGCUCGCUUUGACAAGCUGCGGCAGGAGAGCCAAGAAUGGUUCACGGAGGCAAAGCGGGCAUCAGCAUACCGCGACGAAGUGGACAUCCUCAGAGAACGAGCCGAAAGAGCCGAUCGAUUGGAGGUUGAGGUUCAAAAGUAUCGCGAAAAGCUCGGGGACUCUGACUUCUACAAAUCCCGCGUUGAGGAACUGCGAGAGGAUAACCGUGUUCUGCUGGAAUCAAAGGAAAUGCUGGAAGAGCAGUUACAGCGAUACCGCAAAAGGUCAGAGCACGCCAUUUCCCUGGAGUCUGAGAUCAUCAAAUACAAACAAAAACUCAACGACAUGGCACUCGAACGGGACGUAGAUCGCUCUAAGCUAGAAGAGUUGCUUGAGGAGAAUGCACAACUCCAACUAGUAGCUAGAAAUCUUAACUCCACGAUGGAUAUGGAUAAAUCUUUUUCCGAAAACGAAGACGAUUGCAAUUCGGGCGACAAUAGUCUGUCUGAACAGCUAACCAACAAUGCCCAAACCCGUGCUCUCAAGUUGGAACUGGAGAAUCGUCGCUUGACUGCUGCCCUCGAGCAAUUAAAAGAGAGCAGCUUCCAUGAGUCCACUAGCAAAAUGCUAGAACUAGAGAAGGAGAAAAAGAAGCUUUCUUUAAAAGCCGAACAAAUGCAGGAAAAUAUCCAGCGUCUUACUCAGCAGAAUGUCGAACUGGAAGGCGUUUUUAAAAAUGCCUUGGAGGAGAACAAAAAGCUGCAGGACGCCGUGGAUAGUCGUCAAAAAAGUUACGAUCGUCAGAGCCUGGAGCGCGAUGCUGACCGUCAGAAACUUUCUGAUGCCGAGCAACAUGUUGAAACCCUAAACAAGGAGAAGCAACGUAUCCAAACGCUGAACGAAAGUAUCCAACGAAGGGCCGACGACCUUGAACGUCUGGCGGAGAGCAAGGCUAAGGAACUAGAGCAAUUCUUAGAAAAAUCAAAGCAGUACGAGCAGACAAAACAAAAACUGUAUGAGAUCGAAGCGAAGGUCUCAACAUUUGAGCGAGAGAAUGCCAGUCUGCUUAAAGAAGUGUCCAAGCUAAAGGAGGGCAGCGAGCAAAAGUCUGUGCAGCUAGACGAGAGUAUUACCCGUUUGGAUGUACAGAGCAAAGAACUUCAAAGACUCGGAAAGGCCCUUGAAGAUUCGGAUCAGAUGCAUCAGAAGCUUGUGGAACUAGAAAAACAAAACCAAGAGCUGGCUUCGCAGCGCAUCAUUGAUCAAGAGAUGAUAAGCACACUUCGUAACGACCUGGUCACUGGUACCCUUGUAACAAAGAAAGUGAGGCACAACUUGGAAAAGCUGGGAUUAGCCGAUGAAGAACCGGGUGAGCUAAAUGUGGAACAUGUGGUGGAGAAACUGGUGCGUAAUCCGGAGACUUUCAAAACGGUACGUGAGAUCAUGCUGAACGUGACCCGUGAGCAGCAGGAAGAGGAAGAGCAGGAGGGUGGCGUAAAAUCGGACAUGUGUGUCCUGUGCCACCGUCAAGAGAUCUUCACGGUGGAAAAGAACAUUGAACUCGCGGCUGCUCCAGUUCCACCACCAACGCAACCUUCUUCCCAGGAACUUCGUUUUGAGCACAAGUUGCGAAUGAGUCCGGCCCGAGAAUCAGCAGAGUUGACUCGUAUUAAGGAUUCCAACACACAGCUUCAGACAGAGAAUGCCCGCCUUAGUGUGGACGUGGCUGCCUUGGGUUCGCAAAUAACCUCCUUGAACACCCAGCAUGUAGCCCUUCAGCUGGCUAAUUCCCAGCUGGCUGCUGAAAAAGACACGUUGCUUAAGGAGAUUGAUUCACUGCAACAGGAGCAUAAGAAUGCACUUCAGGAUCAGGUGACGCUGCAGUGUUUACAUGAUCAGCUCUCCGCAGAGUACGAGUCGCUUAACAAGGACAAAGAGCAGCUGAAAGCAGCAGUGCGAGAUUUGCGACAGGAACUGCGCGACACUCGUGAACAGCAGUUGGCCCUGGAGCAGCGCAUCGAGGAGUUGACAAUUCAGAACAGCAACAUGAAGACCUGCAGCGAAGAUCUGUCAAUCCUUCGCACCGAGCACUCCAAGCUUACAGACGACUUCCGCAAUCUCUUCGCCACCAGCGACCGCUUCAAAAACGAGUACAAAAACAUCCAGGAGCAGUACAAGAUGGUACGCAUGGAGCACUCCAGUCUCAAGCUACAAAACACUGAGCUUUCCGGUGAGCUAAAUACCAAGAGCGAUCAAGUGCGUCACCUGCAAGUGGAAUACAGCAAAGUUCAACAGCGUUGUGAGAUGUUAAUUCAAAACAAUGCUGAGCUGGACUCAGAACGCAAGGCCCUGAUGGACAAUGUGUCGCAAUUGCUCUCCCAGUAUCAGGAACUUUUGGCAAUAUCCCUGGAAGACAAGAAGCAUUUCCAUGAAGAGGAGAAGAACUACACUGAACGAGUGCACAGUCUAAAAAGGCAGAAGGAGAAACUAGAAGAGAAAAUUAUGGAGCACUACAAAAAGUCGGAGACCACAGUGCAUAAGAAAAAACCAUUUGCGAGUAUGCUUGUUAGAAGAGUAAAGAAGGCUAGUUCGGAUCUAAUGAAUAAAGUGCCCAGUCGAAACCGUCGCUCCUGGGUGGAUGAUGCCCGUACAAAUUCUCAAUUUGUGAUCGGUUCCGAAUCAGGCGGAAAUGAGUCAGAUAAUAGCAAUGAAGAGCCACUGUCUAUUGCCUCAGAUACACAUCUGCUUCAGAGGAACGUUCCACUUCGGCAGAGUCUGCAGCGGGAUAUGCUGGAUAACUCCAUCCAACGCGGCAGCGCCGUACGCAGUAGCCUCCAGGCUCAGAAACGUACGGAUUUGAAUAACUCACGUAGAAAUAGCGUGCACGGCAGUCUUGAAGCGCCAGACGUGACGGGCAGCAGUCUAACACUCGGAACAGCCGGCUCUCGACGCACCGUUUAUCUUAUCGAUGAGCACCAAAAGCUUCCGGAUGGCUCCAGUCCCAACUCAGCUCAGCCGCAGUCAGGUGGAAGCAGCGGUUCUGGCAAUGCCUCAACUACCACGUCCGCAGAACCUCAAACGCCUCAGAAGAGCACUGAAAACAGUACCCCAGUGGGUCCAGCCACCUUUCUCAUGUACAACCGGAUAAACACCACGAUCGGAGGAACCUCGAAUAGCGGAGAUCAAUCACCACUGCUGCAGGCCAGCGGCAGCGUCUCCGGGACGCCCUUGCAAGAUGACAAGUCGGCGAGGAAGCGGACCGAAGAUAAAAGCAAUAGCAUCUGGUAUGAAUACGGUUGCGUCUAGAGAUACAAUCAAACAGUAUACGUCCUCCACAUGAACUUGAAUAUAAUGCAUUUGCUGACGAAGUAUUAUUUCGUUUUAGAAAUUAACGAAUUUAUUUUUUAAACGCAUUAGAACAUCGAUGUUGCCUUAAGCUAGUUACUGAUGUAAAUGUAAAGUGCUGCUUAAACCGCUAUGAUUUGCCUUAAGACAUGAUUUACAAUAAGAAUAUGUACUAUACUAUAGUUUGUACCUAUUUAUGCAAUUUAAAAAAUCAAGAAGACUACGCUACAAAUAAGCGAACUCAUAAAUAUCCAGUAUACACCCCUAUAUACACGAAACUAUAAAAAAAAUAUGUUACAAAUUAGCAAUACCAAUGCCUCAAUGUUACGUCCUAAGCGAAAGGCUUUCUUUUUCGUUGGUAAGACAAGAUGUAUAUUUAAAUCCGUUUAUUUGGUGUUUUGUAAACUUGACUCGAAUCUAUGAAUUCCUAUAUAUGUUGAAAACCACAAUCGUACUCUGCUAUCAGCUAACAAACGCGCCUUCAAUUUGUGAAUAUAUUUUUUAUAAAUUA